UAGAGAUAAUUUACAGAGUUGGAAUGUCCAAAACCAAAAGGCAAAACCUUCUUUGGUCUUGCCGUUUCGUAUAAAGGGAGACAAGUGCCCUCCUCUUUGUCCAAUCCUCUUAUUUUUAUAAUUCAUCAAAAUCGCCCGAGAGAAGAGCGACCAUCCGUUCACCUAGAAGAAUCUUUAAGGGGAUGGGUAAGAAGAGAAAAGCUACAGCGACGUGCCUCGAUGAGGUAGAUCGGACUGUUUACGCCUCCUUUCGAACCGCCGCGAACUCGCUGUCUCAGCUUUACACUCAGUCCAUGAACCACCAGAAACUAUCUUUCCAAGCCGGUGAACGCCAUGGUCUGGAAAAACUGUACCAAUGGAUAUGGAGACAACAAGAAGGAGGGUCAAGAGUGACUCCUGUGGAUAUAAUCAAUUACAUUCAGAACGAGCUGGAGUGCUGCACAGAGGAACCCCCAAUGCGUAUCACAAGUACAGGUCUCAUUGCUUCUUCAGACACGUCUUGCCCAACAUCUGUUCCGGUGGUUCGGUCUGAGCAAUGCGAAAACCACGCCAAGAACUCGGUUUUCUCAAACGCCCUUUCAAGUCCAAUACGUCGUAGUCUGCAGAACUAUCAAAUUCCGCAGGGAGGCUACAUAUCUGGUGGAACCAGAAGCAGUGAACUGAACAGGGGAUCUACCUCUCCAAGUUCUUUUGAUACUUCAAUGGACAUGCAUGCAGACUAAGAAGCUAUAAGAUGUAAUACCCCCCUCUUGUGAUGAUGUUUGCUCUAAUACAAAACUGGUUUGGUUUUUCAUUAUGUAUCAAUUGGUUGUCAUCUUGAAGGUGGUUUGCUGGUAUUUUGGUUAGGAUUUCUGAUGGUCACAUGUAAAUCAUUGUGUCUGGAAUUCAUAUCUCUUGAUUAACUUUUUAGUGUUCAUGUUCUAAACAACUUAAA